GAGAAGCGCUCCGACAACACGGCUGCCUUCCCCAAGGCCGCCGGCAAUGGCAAAGCGCGCUGCUCUGCCAAAGGCCACUCGGAUGCCGGACGAGUUUCCGGCAAGGUGUCGCACAUAUCGUCCAAAGUGACGGUGGAGAGGGGUUCCAAAGCGCCGAACCCCGAGAAGCUUAGCCACGAGGACCCUCGCUGGGAGAAGGUGAAGUCCGCUGCACAGGCGCAA